AUGUGUCCCAACAAGAAAGACGCGAGACAGUCCUCGCAGCGACCAGCUAUUCUUGCUCCUCUGCGUCCCCGUCAAUCCACAGACUCGCCAGCGGCCCCAUCACCUGUAGUUACUGAGCCAGCCUCCACAGCAAGAGAAGACGGCGAGCAAGAUCUCGGGUCUCACCUCUUGAACCGCAAUGACGAAACAGAGGUCGAGCUUAGUCAGGUCGAGCUCGGCCAUCGGACUCGCUGUCAUUUCAUUGGGUCCGAGCUCUCAAACUGUCAUUACCUUGUUCGACAGAGCACCUCUGAGACAGGACUCGAUAAGGUGUUUCACUUCAGCAAUGGCCAGUUAGACUCGUCGGAGAAUUGGUAUGAGGCACACAACAUACCAGAAGAGAUCCUUAUACGACCAAACAAAGCGCUUGAAACCAGGCUGAUCAGAGCGUAUUUCGAUCUCGUCAACCGCGGAUGGCCGAUUGUGGACGAGGAGCUAUUCAUGACACAAUAUCAGGAGCAGGAUCGCAUGAACCCACUGUGCUUGACGCUUCUCAACGCCAUCCUACUCGUGGGAGCUCACACACUGGCAUCUCAAGAUGAGAGUAUGCUUCCUCUGCUUCCUGCUUUCUUCCGAAGAGCCAAGUAUCUGGUGUUGAGUGAUUCAUGGCAUGAUAGGCUUGUUUACGUUCAAGUGCCGCUGCUGCUGACGUGGUAUUCUGAUGCUAAUGCUUGGCAUUGGAUUGGAAUUGCUAUCAGAACGGCAAUGGCCGUGGGACUCCACCGCGACGCUAGCCACUCUACGAAUCUACCAGUCUACAAACGAAAGUAUGUCCGGCUCUGGUGGGUUCUCUUCCAGUUUGACACAAUAUCAGCGACCUCGGCUGGUCGGCCUCAAGCCAUAAACCUGUGGGAUUCAGAUGUUGCAGACCUACAGCCUGCUGACCUUGAAGGCAUUCCGGGAGCAGAAUUCGACUUUAUUACCUAUCACACCAAGCUUUGCAAGAUCAUAUCACAAACCAUAAGAGAUGGUUGGUCACCACGAGCUUCCAUGGAGGCACGAGCUGGGGCUAUCAAGAGAGCAGAUGAAUCUCUUGGGAAUCUGAUGCUUGAGCUUCCACCUAGGCUGCAGCUGAAACUCUCCAAUCUUGAUAUUUGGCAGUCUCUGUUUCACCUGACCCAUCACAAUUUCAUUUUGCUGAUCCACCGCCCAGCACCAAAGCCCAGCAUAAGGGAUCAAUCUCCCGAGGCACAAGAUAAUGCUAUCCUUUGCAGGGAAUCAACAGUAGCGAUUGCAUCUGUCUUUGAAGUCUUACUCAGCAAAAGGAUGAUCUCUUCAUUAUGGCUAUACAGUAACCAUGUUCUGUUUACAGCAACUAUCUACAUUCUGAACCAAAUCAGCACCAGCAAACCACUGUUAGCUGCUAAGUCUCGGCACAUUCUAGACACAUUUCUUGCAACCCUUCGCGAGCUAGUAAAGUAUUGGACUUACGCGAAAGGGCUAAUGCAGGUUCUUGAGCAGAGGGCUUCCAAGGUCAGGGAUGAGAGAGUUGAAAAGGCGUCUACGAGACUGCAAUACGCUGCACCAUCUGGGCAGCAUCGUCGCCCACCCAUUGAUCCUCAUCUAAACGUGCCGGGUGGCCCAUCCUCGUAUGAACAGCCAAGCGAGGAUUCAACAGCGUGGAGUAAUCAAGAAUGCCAAACACCGAAUGCUGCCUUGGCUGAUCUCGUUUCAAACUCUCAGCCCACAGCUACUGACUUCUAUCCAAGCACGGGUUUUCUAGGAUCCACUCAAGACCCCUUGUUAGAUGAUCUAUUCAUGAUAGACACUUCUGCGCUUGACCUUUUCUUCUACGAUAACACGCAAUAG